AUGAUCACUCAUUUCCUGGAAACCUCCCCCAAGACGUAUGCCCUGGCGGCUGUCCUGGUUUUCCUUUUUUCGACAUAUUGCAUCACCACCAUUCGUUACUUGUUGCAGAGAUCUUGUGACAGACGCUAUCAGGGCAAAGAGCCUUCCACACUACCUUAUGGCGUUCCGGGUCUUGGUUCAGCCCUUGGCCUGAUUAGAAAUCCCCAUGGCUUCUUCAAGUCUAUUGUUAAAAAUAUCGACAGUGCAGAGCCACUACGGAUGCGUCUUGGCCUCGAUCAUGCCUACCUAAUUCACGGGACGAGAAGUGUUCAACAAGUCUUUCGAUGUUCAAAAGAACUUACUUUCGAAGAAUUCGCUCUUAGGGUCGCUCAAAAGGUCAAGCGUCUCCCCGAGAAGGAUGUUGCCCUGGUAUCAAAAGACGUUUCAGGCUCUGCACGAGUCCCUUUGAUACCAAGUCGCGAUGAUGAUCGUAUCUGGAGAAAAUUCCACGAACUUUACGAGCAUCACCUUAUUGGCUCUACUGCCGUUACUGGCCUUACAGAAUUGUUUGUCGGCCUGAUGGUCAAUGAGCUUGAGACUGUUCAGGGACCCAUUGAGAUUGGUAUUGACGAGUUUAUGAGGAAGCACAUGUUCAGAGCGUCUACAAUCGCCCUUGCUGGUCAAGGAGUUUUUGAUGUCGAUCCCAACUUUGCUGAUGUGUUCUGGGAAUACGAUAUCGACUUCAUGCCUCUACUCUAUGGCCUUCCCAAGUUCCUCUGCCGCAAAGGUUGGAACGCUAGAGACAAGUGCCUCGAGACUGUGAAGCAGUAUCUCAAAAAUGGCUGGCAAAAUCUCGACUGGCGAGCUGCCAACGAGACAAACCCUGACUGGGAGCCACACUUUGGUUCUAGGCUUGUUCGUGAGCGAGAAGUCGCCAUGGAAAAGUACGGCUUUAGUCUAGACGGAAGAGCGUCUUUUCAGAUGGGUCUCAUCUGGAGUAUCAAUUCCAAUGCUAUUCCAAUGACAUCUUGGGUCAUCAUCGAGAUUCUUCGUCGACCAGACAUUUUCAAACGAAUCAAGGAAGAGGUCGCCACCGUUUACAACAAAGAGACCAAACAGCUUGAUAUUGCCGAGAUGAGAAAGCUACCACUGCUCAACUCGGUAUAUCUUGAGUGCAUGCGUCUCAGAUCUUCAGUUUUUGUCGUCCGAAAAUUGAGAGAAUCCAUCGAGCUAGACGGAUACACGCUCAAGCAGGGUAAUCUUAUCCUGGCCCCAUCAUAUCUAGCCCACAAUGCCCCCGAAGUGUGGUCAACGGCUUCGUACCCACCAGAGGAAUUCUGGCCUGAGCGUUUUAUCAAGAAAGGAUCUAGUGGAAUUGCCUCGGGAAAUUACUUCCCUUACGGAGGCGGAGUGGCUAUGUGCCCUGGGCGAAAUUAUGCCAAGCAGGAGAUAUUGUCAGCAGUGGCUCUGUUUUUUGCGCACUUUAACGUUGAGCCUCUACGAUUUGUGGACAGCAACGGAAAGACUUCAGAAAGAGGACCUGAAGUUGGCAAUGAAGCCAGAGGUGUUGCGAGGGUUGAUAGGGAUAUGGUUGUUCGGUUAUGGCGCUCUUAG